AUGGCAACCACUGGCCUCAAGCAACUAUCCAAUGCUCUUGCAACUUUCGAACAGCUCUCUAAUUCCUCCUCAUCAAUCGAUGGUGUACCCUCCGAUCUUGAAGCUUCUAUCCGCUGUGCUGGGGCCCAACUUACCCAGGCCGCUGGCGUCCUACUAGGUUUGUCGCAAGACAUCAUCGCCCAGGCCAUUGUCAUUUUUACCCGUUUCUGGCUGGGGGCAGAUGGAGGAAGCUUACGAAUCUACUCGGCCAAGGAUGUUUCCGCGGCUUCACUCUACCUGACAGCAAAGCUCUCUUUCCUUCCCACCUCGCCGCGAUCCGUCCUAAAUGUAUAUACCCUCCUUCUCUCCCAAGAUGCGUCGCCACUGUGGUUCGUGAACCCACGUGGGGCACCGGCACAGCCUCCUGCUCCAGAGACCUACGUUCUCUCAGAAGGUGGAUACCAGUCUGCUAGGCUGACACUUUUACGCAUUGAGUCAAUCAUUCUACGAGCCCUUGGUUUCGAUACACACGUCGCUCUCCCCCAUGCUAUUGCCCUCACAUAUCUGCAAACGUUGGGUGCGACAAGACCCGCCGUCGCCCGGCGUGUCGUGGAGCAUCUUAACGCUGCACUUCUAUCUCCUCAAUUGCUCUAUGUUACACACCAGCCGAAUGCGCUUGCCGUCGCAGCAAUUUACCUUGCAGCUCGUGAGGAAGGGGUCAAACUGGUAGAUGCUAAUUGGUGGGAGGUUUUUGACGUUGACCGCGAAGAGCUUGGAUUUCUAGUUGUGGCCAUGAGGAGCUUAGAGGGUUUCGUGCGGAAAGAAACAGAACAGUGGAAGAACAAAGUGAUUCCUAUGGUGGUAGAAGACCUCGAAUCGGAAAUCGAGCGGCGUCGGAUGAUGAAUGAAGGCGAGUGA